AACGUAUCUAGACCCAACAGUAGAUUUUCGUUACCUACAUUUUUAUAGUAGGUAACAUCGGACUAGCGACGGCCAUCCUCCACAUGCAUCUCUAAUGAAACGAGGUCAAAUAAAGUCAUUUCACUGCAAGAACACUCCUUUAUUUAGUUUUGUUAAAACAAGAAUAACACAGCGAUUAAUCCACACGCGUACUUUUGAGCAACUUUUGACCAAAUGUUGGUUAGUAGGUACGUAUUCUAGGGAUAGUACCUAAACACAUAAGUAUUCAAAGACCGUGAUUAGUGGAAAGUCGAUUUGAUCAGAGAAACGCUUAGAAAGUAAUUUCGUAAAAACAUUAAUGAUUUGAAUUUCUGCCAAGUUGAUGUGCUUAUUAUUAAUAAAAGAAAAAUGUCACUAUCUGAUACCGCUUCCAAAAAGAUUGAAGAUAUACCCAAUCAUCAGUAUUACAAAACGGCAAUAGUAACAAUUGUAUUAUCCAUCGGAAUGUGGUUAGCAAUCUACACAACUCCCAAAUACAUACAAUACAUAUGUAAACUACAAAAUGACGCACCCAGAGACCACCAAAAAACUGUCAGAGCAUUUGGUCACAAUUUGGAGAGUGGUUACUUGCAUAAUGUAUUUACGGUCCUCAAUCGAAUAGGAUAUAUAAACACGACUUCAUCCGACUGGGAUUUGUUAUGGGCACAUAACUAUCCUUUCAGCACAUUAGCUUCGGAAUUGAAGAAUUUGAAACCGCACCAAAGAGUUAACAAGUUUCCUGGAUCGGGUUAUAUUACAAACAAAGUGGAAUUGGCAACCAGUGGAAUAAAAUACAUUCCUCCAGCGUUCCGGUUGCCCAAAGACAAACAAAAAUUUCUCGAGUACGCUGGAGCGAAUCCAGGAAAGAAAUUUGUAGAAAAAAAUAACGACCACAGAGAUAUACGGAUUAAGAAUAUUACGGAUAUCAAUUUAAACGGUAACAGUACAUUCAUACAAGAGUUUGUAGACGAUCCAUUGUUAAUUAGCGGAUACAAAUUUGAUAUUGGGGUUUACGCAAUUUUUACAUCAAUAGAUCCGUUGCGUAUCUACAUUUACAAGGGAGAUUUUUUGUUAAGGUUUUGUCCAGUCAAAUAUUACCCCUUUGAUCCGCAAAAUAUAGACAAGUAUGUGGUAGGUGACGAUUAUCUACCAACUUGGAACGUGCCAGGGCUCAAAUAUUAUUACAAAACUUUAGGGUACGGAAUGGGCGAGUCAUUAAACGCAUACCUAAGAUCAAAAGGCAGAGAUCCUUCCAUAAUUUGGAAACAAAUUGAAGACUCCAUAAGAAUUGUAGGCUUAACCAAAGAACGGAAUUUGGUGGAAAGUUUGAAAAGAUUCCCGUCAAAAGAAAACUUUUUUGAAAUGAUGCGGUUUGAUUUUGUUGUUACUGAAGAUCUCGAGGUGUUCUUAAUGGAAGCAAAUAUGAGUCCUAACUUAUCUUCAGCACAUUUUCCUCCAAAUCGGUUGUUUUUUGAACAAAUUAUCUAUAACCUCUUGGGAUUGGUCGGUCUGAAUAAUGCUGUAAAAAGUAAUCAAAUGUUAGGGCGUACAUUAAUUUGCGAUACUGUUAAUAUUAAUGCUAUCUUUCGUAGGUCUACUUUAGAGAAUGAAAUGCGCGUAGCCGAUAAAAACAUCAUGGUUUAUCCAGACGAAUGUAAUAGCGCUUUAUGCAGUAGUAGUUGCAUUUCACCAAUGUGUGGAUUAUGCAGACCAUGUCUGUCCCCAGAAAACAAGCGAAAUUUCUUACGAGCUUAUUUAGAACAUAUGAACAGAGGUGAAUGUAAAAGAAUCUACCCACCUUUAACUCUAAUGAACAGUGAAGAAAUUAUUAUUUAUGACGAUGGUGAAGAAGAUACACCAGAAAAUCAGUUGCAGUAUCGUUGGUUUAACGGAAAGUGUUUAAUGGAUUCCUCCUGGUGUACUUGAUACCAAAACCUACAAAUGGGCAGAUUGGCAUUAUUUUACGGUUGUGAUUGAAAUUGAAGACCAGUUAUAAUUGAGAAAUCAUAUAAAAUCAAAUACCUAUAGGAACUUUACCUCUUUGUUUUGAUUUAAAAAAUUAAUAUACCUACCUAGCUAUUA